AUGGGUCAAAAAGGCCAGCCAUCUAUAUCAAGCCCCUCGUCCAUCCAACUCAUCACAGCUCAAACAGGCAGUACUGGCAAAAUGAAUAAGAGAAAAGUUUACGGGACCGAAAAUCCUCAAGAUGACAUGCAAAAGGACCUGGUCGAGUUUUCCGAGCACGAAUGGUUCCAAACAGGAGUCGAAUUUGUCCUGUCACUGGAGCGGCCAUGCCCGUCGUACAUCUCAAGUGCACAUUCCUUGGGUCGUGCCAUGUCAAUGCAAAGCACACUGCUAUAA